CGCCGCGCCAUGCAUAUACCACCACCACCUCCCCCGUCCUCCUCUCCUCCACCGCAACCGCAACCACGGCCAGCCACGGGCCAAGCGAGUCACGACUGGCACAACGAGGCAAAAACACCAUUGCUACCCCCGAGGCGUCCCUCUCAGCUAGCCCUGGCACCCGCACCACCUAGCGGCGGCGCCGUCGUGUUCGUGUCGGCCAAGUCGUCAAGAAGCUAGCUAGUCAUUGCCAGUGGGCGCAUUGUGCUAGGGGAUGGCGAGAGGAGGAGGAGGAGGAGAGGAGGCGGCGGAGGAGGAGAGGGAGGUGAGCGAGGCGCUGACGGCGGACUCGUCGGCCGACGAGGAGUGCCGCCGCGGGAGCAGCAGCUCCAGCGCAAGCUCCGGGGACGCCUCCAGCGAGUCCUACUGCCCGCCCGACGAGUGGCAGAAGGUGGCCAUCAAGACCUGCGUGUCGUCCGACCUCGUCGUCGUCUCGGCCGAGCCGGCCAAGGAGAAGAAGCCGCCGCCGCCGCCGUCGUCGCCGCGCGUCGACGCCGCCCCGGCGGACAAGCACCACCGGCCCUCAGAGAUGGAGAUGAUGAAGGAGAGGUUCGCGAAGCUGCUGCUCGGCGAGGACAUGUCCGGCGGCGGCAAGGGCGUCUGCACCGCGCUCGCCAUCUCCAACGCCAUCACCAACCUCUGCGCGACGAUAUUUGGGCAGCUGUGGAGGCUGGAGCCGCUGCUGCCGGAGAAAAAGACGAUGUGGCGGCGCGAGAUGGACUGGCUGCUCUGCGUCAGCGACCACAUCGUCGAGCUAGUCCCCACAUGGCAGACAUUCCCCGACGGGAGUAAGCUUGAGAUCAUGACAAGCAGGCCACGGUCUGAUCUCUACAUCAAUCUGCCCGCACUCCGAAAGCUAGACCACAUGCUCCUCGAAAUUCUGGAGAGCUUCAGGGACCCGGAAUUCUGGUACGUCGACCAGGGGAUUUGCCCGCCGGACCGCGACGGCAGCGCCCCCUUCAUGCUAACGUUCCACCGCCGCGACGAGAAGUGGUGGCUGCCCGUGCCCCGCGUCCCUCCCGGCGGCGUCGGCGAGACCACGAGGAGGCAGCUCGAGCACAAGCGCGACUGCGCCAGCCAGAUCCUCAAGGCCGCCAUGGCCAUCAACAGCAACGCCCUCGCCGAAAUGGACGUCCCCGACUCUUACCUCGACUCGUUACCCAAGAACGGGCGUGCGACGCUGGGCGACAUCAUAUACAGGUACAUCACGUCGGACCAGUUCUCGCCGGACUGCCUGCUCGACUGCCUCGACCUGUCGUCGGAGUACCAGGCGCUGGAGAUCGCCAACCGCGUCGAGGCCUCCAUCUACGUGUGGCGCCGGAGGGGCACGUCGGGCGCCGCGAGCCGCGCCGGAAACAAGUCGUCAUGGGGCAUCGUCAAGGACAUGAUCAUGGACACGGAGAAGAGAGACGACCUCCUCGCCGACCGCGCCGAGGGCCUCCUCAUGUGCCUCAAGCAGAGGUUCCCCGGACUGACGCAGACCAGCCUGGACACGAGCAAGAUUCAGUACAACAAGGAUGUGGGGAAAUCGAUUCUGGAGAGCUACUCGAGGGUUCUGGAGAGCCUGGCGUCGAACAUCAUCGCGCGGAUCGACGACCUGCUGUACGUCGACGAGCGGAGCAGGCAGGCGGAGCUGCUUCCAACCGCGGGCGCCGGGAGCGGCAAGAUCUCUUGCAUGCCGGCCAUGUCGGCGUCGUCGGUGCCGGCGUACCCGGUGGUGUCCACCUCGGGCACCCCGCCGCCGUACGCGACGGCGUACGCCACGCCGAGCUUCUCGCCGGCGCAGCUGUCGAGCCCAUCCAACAUCGGGAGGGCACUGCUGGUCGACCGGCGGUCGCACGACGGCCGAGCGUUCGACGGCAGCAUGGAGUUCAUGGGGAUGGCGGUCAGCAACGCCGUGUUCGACCUACCGGGCCUGUGAAUCGAUCGAUCACGGGCCCCGUGUCUAGUGCUUUACUUACCCUCGCCUGUGUGCAGUAGUUGUAAUGUUGUAUGGCGUGAUUUCUUCUCGGGAGGGCGGCCUGUUUUUGCCGUUUCGCCGUUUCGCCGCCCUCCAGUUUUAUGAUGUGUUUUGACAGUGCCUUUGUUAACUUGCUAGUGUUGUAAGAGUGCUUAAGUUCGAUGUUGGUCGGAUGGCAAAAGAGAACCAUCGCGUUUGUGCAAA